UUUUUUUUUGUGUGUGUGUCUGUAGAAUUGUUGUUGUUUUAUUCAAAAAAAAAUAAAAUUCUAAGAUGAGUUGUUUAAUAAUGAAACUGGAUAUCCAUAUGGUUGUUGCUUCAAAAAUGAACAAAUACUAACUCAUUGAACAAAUAAAGAUUGAUGUGUACUAUUAUGCAUCCAGUGCAUUUAGUUUUGAAUUUUGUUUUGUUUGUACUGUUAGUGAAAUCUCUGAAUUUCAAUACUGGGGUUUUGAGUUAGAAUUCAUUUCUGAAAAUAGUUCACUUUUUGCUUUAAUUCAACCAUUGACUCUCUUAUAGUUUAUUUGUGUGUAGGAAUCUUGCUAAAACAUCUAGGAGUUCAUGUUAUUCCCUUAUUGUUUCCAACAGAAUUUGGGAUAUUUUGAUUGUGUAGAAUUCUUGAUUUCCCCUAUGUGUGAUGGAUCCUUCAUUUGCCUUGAUAUCAAACGGAUUUCUUCGAAUGCGUUAGACAUGGUUAUAGGGUACGCAAGCCCUUCAAAAUAUACUUAAAACUAGAAAUGUUGUGCAUACCAAUACCAUAUGCUUACACACAUACAUAUGGGAUUCUUAUAAGUAGUCCAUGUAAGGUAGCUUCCUAAAGUUGAAAUGUACUUCGUUAGGUGCUUGUAUUUUAAGUUGCUAUUGGUGGAAGCUGAAUUCUUGCUCAAUGUGGCAUUGAUAUGGUCAUUUAGGGAGAAAAUACCGCACAAAGAUGAGAAGACUCAUCUAUUUCAUGUUCCCUGAACUUUCUAAUAUGUAAAGUUCCUUCCUGGAACUAAAGUGCUUGAUUACUAAUUCAUGCUUCCGUUACAGUAAUUAAACCAAAUAAGUUGUAUGAUGCACUUCCUUUGUCAGUGUCUCACUAAGCAAAGCCUGAAGUUUUAUCUUAUAUUUUUUGAAUCAUGUGAUCAAGUUGCUUGUUUCCAGCUCCUGCUUGAGCUGGUUUCGAAAUUGUGAUAGGUGGCCCAUUGUGACAAAUUUUUAGGUUGCCUUUGAAUUGGAUACUCUCGAACAUGUUAUUACUUAAAGUCAUCUUGGAUAUUGGAAAUGCUUGUUUGCUUGAUGUUGACUUGUGUGGCAAAUUGUUCAUGCACACAGAGGUGAUAAACUGGUUUGUGCUGUAAAAUGGCUCGAGUUCAAGUAGGUUUACAGGAGGUUGUUAAAGAUAUCAUGUUGCCCCUUGGAUUGAGGCUCUUCCUCGUAUUUUAUGUGAAUGUGUGAUGCUUCAUGCGCCAGAUGGUCCUUUUAUUGUUCUUAGGAGUAUAACUCUCUAAGCUUGGCUUUUUAAGUCAUCCAAUGCACGACUUCUGAUGGAAAAUUCUGUGGAGUUCGUUGCUCCUUUAUUUUAUCCUACUCUUAGCUUAGUUGUUGAGUGGAUGGCUUUCUUUUGCUUGUCUGAUUGCUCCACUGGAUAAUAACUUCCUCAGCUUUCUCAUGACAAUGAUUAAUGAGUUACUUUCUUUAGCGGUGUACUUAAUUUGUUAUACUUCUAUCAUUUGUAGAUCUUUCGUCUAUUUUAGCUGCCAGUAUUCUUUUACCUUCUGCGACUGAAAAGAUGAGAAAGAAAGCUGGUGUAUCAUUUCGUUAAUUUGCAUAAGAAGUGACCAUCAUUGGCCAAUCUUACUUCUUUCUAUCUUUCGGUUCUCCUUGCACAUGAAAUGUCAGCCUGCUAGUACUCCACUUUGGCGUAAUGGACCUCCAGAAAAGCCAAUACUGUGCAACGCAUGUGGAUCUCGGUGGAGAACAAAAGGGACUUUGGCGAACUAUACUCCUCUGCAUGCAAGAGCAGAACCUUGUGACUUUGAGGAACACAGGGUUUCACGGUUCAAAAACAUUUCAAUGAAGAACAAAGAGGCUAAGAUUUUGAAACGAAAGCAAAGUCAUGAUGAUGCUGAAGUUGGAACUCCUGAUUAUGGUCUAGGUUUCCGUAAGGUCUUAGAUGAAGAUACUAGCAAUAGAUCAAGUUCUGGCUCUGCUAUCUCAAACUCUGAGAGCUGUGCACAGUUUGGUAGUGCUGAAGCUAGUGAUUUGACAGGUCCAGCGCAAUCCAAUAUAUGGGAUUCAACGGUGCCUUCAAGGAAGAGAACCUGUUUCAAUCGUCCAAAGCCAUCUUCAGUAGAAAAGCUCACUAAAGACCUAUAUACAAUUUUACAUGAACAACAAAGUUCAUACUUGUCUGCAUCCUCUGAGGAGGAGUUGCUUUUUGAGAGUGACAAGCCUAUGGUUUCUGUUGAAAUAGGACAUGGAAGUGUACUAAUGCGGCAUCCUAGUACAAUAGGUAGAGAAGAAGAAUCGGAAGCCAGCUCUCUUUCCGUUGACAACAAGCACCGUUCUGUCAGUGAUGCUUAUUCACGAUUGACUAACCCUCCUGUAAAUAUUAGUAAGGGUGUCAAUUCACCAAAUAUGGGUACCGAGAGAAUCAAGAAACCUACUGGUCCAGCUAUAGAACAAGACCAGAUUAAAAGAAACAAGGAUCACCUUGAGAAACUACAAAUUCUUGGACAUCAUAAUUCACCCCUUCGCUAUUUAGACCUGAAGGAUGUACUUAAUUAUGAAGAAUUCGCGACUCAUUUGUCAAGUGAUGAACAGCAGCAACUACUGAAGUACUUACCACCUGUUGAUUCUUUUGCGCCUCCAGAUAGUCUUAGAAGCGUGUUCGAGAGCUCUCAAUUCGAGGAGAACCUCUGUUCCUUCCAGAAACUUCUUGCAGAAGGUGUUUUUGAUAACUCUUUUCCAGGAGUGACAUUAGAAGAUUGUAGAAACUUGAAGAGAUUUAUAUUAUGCUAUUUAACAAAGUCAAAGUGGGUGCAACAAUAUAAUUUACUCAAGGACACAAAAUGUAAGAAUAGUAGCAGCGGUUCUGAAGUUGCCGGAGAGCCAAAUGCUGUUGGUACAUGUCAUUCAGCUAAUGUGAAGAAACCACGGGAGGGGCAAUAUCCGAAGUGUUCAGGUGCAAAGACGACAAUGAAGAGCCCCAAAAGGGUGGUGAUGAAAAGCAUCUAUGAGCAGAAGGAACUAGUAGACAACGAUGGCUCUUGCUUCAGUCCAAGAAGCUCGUUUGCCUUGCCUUCUGAGAAUAGUUCUCUCGUUCUGGAUUCUCUCCGUUCUGCAAAUGAGAACUCCCAUCAGGACUUGCUGCUGGACGUGCCAUCCAAUAGCUAUUGUCCUCAGGCGGAACUACUCUUACCUACAUCAAGUUUUACUACUCAAGCAAGUACCGGUAGUAGCUCAAUGUACCCUCCACAUUUCGUCCGUCCCUAACAAUACCAUCAUUACUUUGCUUGCUUCCCUUAGGAUAUCAAAAAGCUAGUUAAAAGUCAAAAACAGCAUAGUAGUGUUGCAUAUCCCAUGCAAACUUUAUAUUGGAAUUUGUCAAAGGGGUUCGGGUGGUUACCUAUUGCCUUUUCGCGGUUGACCUAUAUUGAAACCGGACUUUUUUAAAUUACCAUAUGGAUAUGGUUGUUUUCCCCUUGAUGAACACUGUAUAAUAUAAGUUUGAAAUGAAGAGGUGAUAAUGAGUGGUCUAGAAAUAUUCUAUGUAGUGAAAUUCAUGGCUUAUAGUGUGUUAGUUCUAUUGGUGGUGAA